CUUCUAUUUGCCACCACAUUCCCGCAUUCUUACAGUUAUAUUCAUACAUAUAAUCAACCAUGCUUGAGGCUAGAUUACAAACCGGUGCCCUUCUCAAGAAGAUUCUUGAGGCCGUCAAGGAGUUAGUCACAGACGCCAACUUUGAUUGUUCAGACAAUGGUAUCGCACUUCAGGCGAUGGACAAUUCUCAUGUCGCUUUAGUCGCCUUGUUGCUUCGUCAUGAUGGAUUUGAACCCUACAGAUGUGAUCGCUCACUUGCUCUUGGUGUCAACCUUGUCUCGUUGAGUAAGAUCUUGCGUUGCGCUGGAAACGACGACAUCAUUACCCUUAAAGCCGAUGAUAACGCUGAUGUCCUCAGCUUGACCUUUGAGAACACAGAUAAUGAUCGCAUUUCGGAGUAUGAGCUCAAGUUGAUGGAUAUUGAUAGUGAGCACUUGGGUAUUCCGGAGACAUCUUAUGAUGCAGUUGUGCAAAUGUCCUCUUCAGAAUUGUUGCGCAUUUGCAGAGAUCUCCAAUCUAUCUCAGAUUCUGUUCUUAUCGAUGUUACAAAGGAAGGUAUCAAGUUUGCAGCCAAGGGAGAGCUCGGUACAGGCUCUGUCACUCUCAAGCAAAGUGCUAGUGUCGAUAAGGAAGAUGAGGCAACAUUGAUUGAACUUCAGCAGAACGUUUCCUUAAAUUUCUCGCUCAAAUAUCUUGUCAACUUUACAAAGGCCACCCCUCUGUCUUCCCGUGUUUCCUUGUCUAUUUCAAGCGAGGUUCCUUUGUUGGUUGAGUACAAGAUGGAGGCUGGUUAUAUUCGUUAUUAUCUGGCUCCAAAGAUCGGUGAAGACAACUAAGUAUAGAGAUGGUAUAAUAACAAAGCAUGAAGAUUAGGAUGUGAUGAGUAAUGACUGCUCCAACAAGAGCCGGAAACUCCAUUAAUGAAUGCUCUGGGAAACAAAUCAAU